AUGAGUGACGAUUCCCUCAUAGGGAACCAAGACGAGCGUCGCUCGUUACAGCGAGAGUCACGCGUAGACAGUCCAGGUGGGGCCUCGGUUGGUUCCAUUUUGUCACCUAUCCAAAGCACAGGUGCAGAGUCAAUAAGGGAGCAGGACGGGAGGCUUGCGAAGGUAGCGGAAGAUGCCUCUGCUCAUCGAGCACGGGAGCUGAAGUGGAUGUCUACGAUGUCGUCAGUCCCUCCAGUGCAGUCUCGCAAGAGCAAGAAGAUCCGGCGAUUAGUGCUUGAGGGUGUUCCAUCGUCCGUACGGUACCUCGUAUGGAGUCAUCUUACGGACAGUAAAGCGAAGCGCAUACCUGGGGUAUAUGGGAAGCUGGGACAACGUGGACGCGUGGCGGCGUCCGAGGUCAUUGAGCGAGAUGCGGCACGCUGUUUCCCAGACCAGCGACAUUUGCAAGAUCCAAAGGGGCCGUUGGUCGGUUUACUACAGACUUAUUUGACUAUGGUCCCGGAUAUUGAAUAUCAGACCAGCCUGACACUGGUUGCUGGGCAUUUAUUACUUCAAUCACCCGAGGAGGACGCCUUCUGGAUAUUUACGUCUAUGAUGGACCUUCAUCUUCGCGCAUAUUUCUCAUCGAAAUCUGUCCAAAUGGAGGCGGAUGCCCUGCUCUUCGGUAAAACUGUUGAAUUGCUGAAUCCUCCGCUUGCGAAGAAGCUCUUCUACGACUUGGGCAUUCCUCCUUCAGAAAUUUGUCGUAUUUGGUUCUCCUCACUUUUUGCCACCACCCUUCCGCAAGACUAUGUCAACCGGAUCUGGGAUGUUUAUCUCUGCGAAGGUGCGCGUCCACCGUUCCUGUUCCGCAUCGGAGUCGCAAUUCUCGCGUGCUGCCGAAGUGCAAUUGAGUCGACCUCGGAUCGCGCAGCCGUCGUUGCUUUCCUCAUGCGUCCUGAGACGCUUUCUUUACUCCCAGAGGAUCCAGAGGAGUUCAUUAAUAUUGCGUUGGCUGCGAAGAUUAAGGAUGAAGAUAUUAAGAAGCAACGAGUGAAGGUUGAGGCACACAUGAAACAGCAGACGCAGACCGCGCAGAGGAGUACGGCUCCGAGACUUGUUUCAAGUAUUUCGCUUCCGAGGGCUGCGCCUGCGACGCCGUUAUGA